AAGUAGGGAAGCGAACACAAGUUUUGGGGUUAAUUUUGCAUAAGAUGGAAGGGGAAGAGCAGAGAUCAAUAUGGAACAAAGAAACAGUGCCGAAAGUGAUGAAAAUAGUGAUCACAAGGCUUUCUCAAACAGACAUCAUCUCUCUCCUUCUUGUCAGCCCUUGGCUUCACCGCACUGUCAUUUCCCACCCUUCUCUUUGGCUUUCUAUUGAUUUACGCGAGAUGAAUAAUGCUGGAGAUCGACUCAUAGCUGCUCUUUCACUGCCUAGAUACCAGCAUGUGAAGCAAAUAAGCCUUGAAUUUGCACAAGAUAUAGAUGAUGGUCAUCUAGAAGUCAUUAAGAGCAAGUGUUCGGAAUCUCUUCAAGACCUUGAGUCUUUAAAUCUGAAUGGCUGCCAAAAGAUAUCUGACGAAGGAAUUGAAUAUAUAACCAGUUGUUGUCCAAAAUUGAAGGUUUUCUCUAUCUAUUGGAAUGUAAGGGUUACUGACAUAGGUGUGAAGCAUCUGGUGAAGAACUGCAAGUAUAUUGUUGAUUUGAACUUUAGUGGCUGUAAGCAAUUAUCAGACAAAAGUUUGCAAUUAGUAGCUGACAAUUACCAAGAGUUAGAAUCAUUGAAUCUGACUAGAUGUGUCAAGAUGACAGAUAGCGGUUUGCAGCAAGUAUUGACCAAGUGCUUCUUUCUCCAAAGUUUAAAUCUUUAUGCACUCUCCAGCUUCACAGAUGAAGCUUACAAGAAGAUAUCUGUUUUAUCCCAUUUAAGAUUCCUAGAUCUGUGUGGUGCCCAGAAUCUCUCAGAUUACGGACUUACCUGUAUAGCUCAAUGCAAGAAACUUUCAUCUCUCAAUUUAACAUGGUGCAUACGAGUUACUGAUGUGGGUGUCAUAGCUAUUGCUGAAGGUUGCACAUCUCUUGAAUUUCUCAGUUUGUUUGGGAUAAUCGGGGUAACUGACAAGUGCCUUGAGGCCCUUUCCAAGUCGUGUGCAAAUACAAUCACGACUCUUGAUGUUAAUGGAUGUAUCGGUAUCAAGAGACGGAGCCGUGACGAUUUACUUAAAUUGUUCCCUUAUCUAAGAUGCUUCAAAGUGCAUAGCUAAUUUUUGUGCCCUUAUCUCAGAUGCUUCACAGUUCAUAGCUAAUCUGAUGGUAUGUUAAGUUUGAAACAGUUACAUAAUACAUCUAAGUGAUAAAUGUUUGAAAGUUUUUAUUGUUUUUUUGUUAUUGAAGAGAUAGAAUUCAUUGUCUUGUUGUAGACUUGUAAAUUGUGAUGAUGAUAGUUGAAUUGCUUU